GCAAGUUUAAAUACACGAGCGACGCUCGUGUUUUAAUCAGUUUUUUUCCCAGCAAUAUUAUUCGCAUUUCUAGUGUUUAUAUUUAGUACUUAUACAUAUUCAUUCUCGAUUCCAUGCCGGUCGGCGAUUAAACUACAAAAAUGCGUAUAGUGUGGUUAAUAUUUUUCUCCGUGAUCGGUGUUGUUUUCUCACGUCAACUGACUUCAAAUUUUUACCACGAGGAAUCGUGUAGAGGGGGUUAUUGUGUACUGGAGAGCGAAUGUACUCACCAUGUAAAUAAUCAUGACAAAAAUCUAUGUCCAGGGCAAAAGGACCGGGGAGCUGUUUGUUGUAAAGAUUUUCCUCCAGAAAAAGUGAAUUGUUACCAGACUCAUAAUGCUUGUUUUCCGAAGUCACAAUGCCCAGACUCUUUAAAUUUGGGCCGUAAAGGUUGUACAGGUCAUAAAACUUGCUGUGUAUUAGUUUAGUAGAAAAAAUUUGAAUAACAAGUUUUUAUUACCCAAAAUGUGAUAACCUUUGUAUAUUUUCGAAUUAUAAUGAUUAUGCAUCGAAAUUUACAUACAUUUUAUGUAGGAACCUUUUUGUUUAUUUAAUCAGUUUUUGCUCAGUAAAAUUAUUAAACAUU